GCAAUGCCAGCAGAAGAGACACGGCAUUAUUUCAGCAGGAUCCCGCCACACACCGUUAUUCUACACUAACGGAAUGAACGGGAACUACUGCUGGUAUCCGCAUAUACACGGAUUAUUAUAACCUAACGAGAAGAAGAAGAAGAAGACAAGUAGCAAUCGUCACAAUAAGGGUGUGCUGAUUUUUCUUUUGGAGGGGCAGCACAAGGCUCCAUAAAAUGACCCAGUCUGUGCAUAUUACCUCCAAACUGCCAAAUCUGAGUGCCCCUUUUCAUUGCUCUACUGCGGAAGAAUCUAAUCAAGGUGGCUCCUAUUCAGUACAGACGCCCUACGGAUUCCAGCUGGACCUUGAUUUUCUCAAGUAUGUUGAAGAAAUAGAGAGUGGACACAACAUUCGGAGGGCUAAUGUAAACCCUCGGAGGGGAUCCCGGGGUGACCGUGGGUAUCAGAGGAAUACAAGUGUUGGGGGUCGGACCAGUGGCUGGACCUCCACUGAGUCCCUUUCCUCAACAACCAGUGAGAAUGGCCAGACUAUCCCACCUUUUCUCCAGAGCCCUAGUAAAUUACCUAGUAAACCACUUUCCCCAUUACCAGUCAUCAGUCCCAGUCUGCCUACUUACUCCAAAGUGCCACCACCACCUCCACCACGUAACCCUAGGGUUGAGAGAACGCUUCUUGAAACUAGCCUUCGGCUGCAACAGGAGCAGAGUCUGUUUUCCAAUGGAUUAGGCUCUAAUUUGUCUGACCUUUCCAAAGUGAGUUCCAAAGCCAGCGGAUCUAAUAAGGACUUCUAUCUAGCUUCUUCCCAGCUUGCUUCAGAUGCCCACUUGCUACAGAAAUCACCUGUUGUUCAGAACUCCCUUUCUGGGGUCUGGACCAGAGCAAGUCCUCAAACGUCUGGAAGGAGCACUCCAGCCUCCAACUCAGGAACAUUGCCUCCGGGGCAGCUUCAGACAGUGCGAGAACAGAUGGCCAAUGCCCUUAGGCAGCUAAGGGAGAUGGAAGAGAGACUGAAAGGACUAUCAGCUCUAGAAAGAGAAGUUGCCAUGCUCCGUGCAGAAAAAGACAGGUUGGCUCAUGAUCUUCACAAAAAAACAGAAGAACUUGAUGCAACGCUCAAACUGCAAGUCUCCACUGAGGCAGGAGUAGAAGCCCCCCAACCAGGAUCCCUACCAUUGACGUCACUUUGGAAUAAAGAACCAGAAUGCAAAAGGGAUUACCAAGACAAAAAGGAAAUAAAGAAACUAGCCACUGCUCCUAUAGAAAAAAGAUCCAUAGCUGUAGGUAGUGACAGUCCUCUUGAGACUGUGGUCGUCUUUAAUCGCCAAGCGGGCAAGGAUGCUGCUGUCGAAGCUAAUAUUGAUGUCUGUCACGCAGCUAUUGAGACUGAGACUAGUGUCAUGCAUGAUGAGGCGAUUCAGACUGGAGUGGCUACAGAAGAUGUGGCAGUCUGGGUAACAGAAUCAUUUCUAGGGCUACAAAGUGCGACAGAACGAGAAAUUGAUAACUUGCAACACACUAUCAGAUUUCAGGAGGAGUCAAUCCAGGUUCUUGAGACACGAUUAACUCAAGUCAACCAAGAUCUUGAAGCUUUAAGGGCUCAGGAAAUUGAGAGAGUGUCCAAGGUUAGGCUGGACAAAGAGACGGCAGCAACACCAGAGACAGCUAAUGCCCAAAUAGAAACAUGUCCUGAAGUUUGUUCAGUUGGAGUGUUGUUUCCAGAUGUGACUGAUCCAGAGUACAUUUCAAAAAAUGACCAAAGCAUUCAAACAGAUCCUGUUGAAACUUCAAAGAAAAACACGGUGGAGCUAGUAAGCACUGGUAUCCAGUGGGAAUGUCUAACUGAUACACAAGACACUGAACAACAGACAACUUCUGCAGAGGCUGCAGGCCCUCUGAAAUCUAUCAUGAAGAGGAAGGAUGGGAGUGGUGCUGUUGCAGCUUCCAGCGGUGGCAAAAAGAGCCUGAAGUUUGUUGGAAUUCUAAACGGAGGUUAUGAGUCCACCUCUAGUGAAGAGGAUGAGGAUGAGGAUGAAGAGAGUUCCUCGGAUGGAAGUGAGGCUGAUGCAUGUUCAGAUAGCAGUGUGGAAGAAGGGGCAGCUCUAGAGGAUACAUCUGAUGAAGAGAUGAAUAUACAUUUGGAUGAAACCGACAGUGAUGAAAACCUGCCAGCUGGGUCAGAAGAUUUAAAGGACCAGGAAGAGGAAGUAAAAGAAAAGUUUGAACUAAGUGCCAAAAUUCGUGAGGCUUGUCGAAUUUUGAAGAACCACCUUAAUGAUGGAGCCAAAUCAGUGAAGAGUAAAGAAGUGUUGUCCAGCACUCACAGCGUUCAGCUGGAGUGGUUCAGAGUGUCCAGUGCAAAGAUGGCCCAGCCGACACGUGUCUCAAACUACCUGAUGGCUUUCUCAGAGGUCUCCCCCGUCCUGCUGGAGCACGUAGUCAACAUGACGGAUGGCAACGGCAACACUGCUUUACACUACAGCGUCUCCCAUUCCAACUUCACUGUGGUGGACCUACUGCUCGACACAGGCAUGUGCAAUGUUAAUCAGCAGAAUAAAGCCGGAUAUACAGCUGUGAUGCUGGCAGCGCUUUCAGCAGUGAAGGAGGACGACGACAUGGCAGUGGUUCAGAAACUCUUCCGUCUGGGCAACGUCGAUGCCAAGGCCAGCCAAGCGGGACAGACGGCUCUGAUGCUGGCCGUGAGUCACGGGCGUCAGGAGAUGGUGCGAGCGCUGCUGGACUGCGGGGCUGAUGUGAACGUCCAGGACGACGAGGGCUCCACUGCUCUGAUGUGUGCGAGUGAACACGGUCGGCCCGAGAUCGUGUCCUUACUGCUGGAGCACCCGGGGUGUGACAUUUCAGUCGUGGACAAUGAUGGCAGUGAUGCUCUCUCCAUUGCUCUGGAGGCAUCCCAUAAUGAUAUUGCCGUUCUACUGUACGCUCACAUGAACUACUCAAAAGCGGAUCAUCCAAAGCAAGUCCGUCCAGUCCCAGAAAAACAUGGCCCUCAGAGUGAUAUUAAAACAAGACUAACUUCACUGGAAGAUUAACAAUGUCUUUGUUACAAGUUUAUAUAUAUAUUUAUAUUUUAUUCACUGAUUAUACAUUUGUAUGCACAUAUUUAAUGCACAAUACUAUGUAAACAUAUUCAUGUAGGUAAGACCAAUGAUUUUAUUUACUUUUCUUUUUAUGCUGGUGUAUCUUCUUGUACUACCAUGAGUUUAAAAAGAUGAGAGCAGGUGUUUGGGAUAACUGCAGCUUAGCUGUAAUGUUAUUGUGAUUAUUACAUGGUUCUCAAGCUGAACAUUUGUCUUUGUUAGUGUUCAGAAAGAGAAUGAAACACUGCAGCAGAUUAAAGUGAAGAAGUCACAUUUGCUUGAGAAGCUCAACACCUCAAUUAUUUAACACACACAUGUAGCUUCACAACACAAGUAACACGUGCUGUUUGUGCAACAACAAACACCUUCAUGAACUCCACCCUUGAUUUCUAGCACAGUAAUUUAUUUUUAUCUUCUGAUCUAACUGGAUCAGACAAAACAAAGAAUGUUUUUCUUUCUCUCUCUCUCUCUCUCUCUCUCUCUUCUUUUUGCAAUCUGUUCUUUGAACUGAAAGGACAUUGCUUGACUUUGGAAAAGAGAAACAUUUGCCUUCUAGACAUCUUGACCGAUCACAGGAAGGUUACAGAAUUGAACUUAAGAACUGAACUGAAUGAAAUCAGUCAGAAAUGGCCCCAAAACAUAUCUGGAUAAAUCAAAUCAAGUGAAAGUGAUUUUUUUUCUUUUUUUUAAGCACUUUUUGAGUAUUUAAGCAUGAAAUCUUGACACUUUGCGGCUGUGAAAUAUUAAACUGGUUCAUGUUUAUAAUGUGAUGAACUUCACCUGAUAGGACACUUGCAUAAACAAUGUUUUACACGAUUUAUUUUCAUUAAUUAUUUGUUCACCAUCAGUUUGCUUGGUUCAUUAACUGCAAUACACUGAUAACUGAACUCAGCACUUUACACAAAUGAAGAAACCAGGUGUUGAGUUGAAUACCUGUAAAAGUCUUAAACUAAACUAAUGUUUACUGAAGAUUUCAAAUACAGACCUUUAUUUUGUCCAAAGA